AUGAGCGUCUCCGGGGCAGAGGCUUUUGCAAGAAGGGCGGGACUCUCAGGCCCAGGGGGCUCAGGUCCUCCGAUUCAAAGGAGGGACAAUGAUUGGACGUGCCCGAAAUGUCAGGCCAACGUGUUUGGGAGCAAGACUGAAUGCUUCAAGUGUGGAACAAAGAGGCCCUUCGAUGCGAGCCAGAGGGGGCAACAACAAGCACGUCCGAUAGGGAGAAUGCCGGAGUUGUACUCCAUCAAGAAGGGAAAGGUUGUUCGAGUUGCCGACUUCGGAGCCUUCGUGGAGAUCGAGGGCUGCACCAAGUGGGGACUCGUCCAUGUCAGUCAGUUGACGGACUCUGGUCGAGGUACGCGUAUUGAACCCAAGGACAUCGUUGAUGUUGGUGAUGAUGUGUGGGUCAAGGUGUGCGAGAUCGACGAGGAGCAGGGGAAGAUCUCUCUGAGCAUGAAGUAUGCGUCACAGGCAUCUGGCAGAGACUUGGACCCGGAGAACGCAGAAUACCUCGUAGAGAAGAGCAGGAGGAGUGGUCCUGGAGGCCACAGGGAUCGAGAGAGGAAGAUCGACAUCGAUGACCCACUUGCUCGCCCUGGACAAUUCCGUGAAGAUGCCUGGGCGCUGCUGCAGAAGAAGUUUGAAAUCUGCCUAAGCAAGAGGGGCCAUGACGGUCAAUCCGGCGAUUACGCGAUCGUCAGGUCACCAUCUCCAGACCAAGAUGCACGGAGGAUGUCGGGAGGGAGCGCGAGGGAGGGCGACAAGGAUGAGAUGAAGAAGCUCAAGGCUAUGCUCAAGGAGGAGAAGAAGAAGAAGGACAAGAAGAAGAAGGAUAAGAAGCACAAGAAGCACAAGAAGCACAAGAAGGACAAGCAAGCAAAGAAAGACUCCGCGUCCUCCAGUGACUCGAGCGAUUGA